AUGAACGUGGUGCGACAUCCAGUCUCCCGCUACAUCAGCCACUACUACUACAAGCGCCCGACGGAAACCCUGGACGAGUGCUACGCCUCAGGUCGGUGUAAGGUCAGGAAAGGCGAGAUUUCGAAAGACCUCCAGCUGACCUACUUCUGCGGUCACGACACCUUCUGCAGAAUCAUCGGCAACCGGAAGGCUCUGCAGGUGGCCAAGCAGGUGGUGGAGACCGCAUAUGUGGUGGUGGGCCUCAUGGAACACUACACGGAUACGCUGCUGGUGCUUCAACAUGUCCUUCCUGGUUUCUUCUCGAUGGCGACGUCCAUCAAAUACACAAAUUGGAACGUGCAGAAGAAGAAGCCUGUGACGUCAAACGCAACUCUCGCUGCCCUAGAAUUCUGGAUGAACGAGGAGAUCGAAUUCUACCAGUUCGUGCAGCAACGCUUCUUCAUUCAGCUGGAGAGAGUCAGGGAGGAGAGGGAGCGUCUCAGGAAGCAACAAUACCAGGAACAGGAGCAAGAUAUAGCCGUGUGA